AUGUUGCUUGCGAUGAUCGUCUCUUGUUGUAAAAUGCUCAGCAUGUUAGCAAAUCGCAAGAAUAUUGCAACGUUGACCAGCAUUCUUACGGAAAAGCCGUGUAAACCAUUAGAACCGGCUGAAAUAGAAAUUCAUGACAGAUUUGACAAGGGUGUGCAGUCAAACACGAUACAUUAUGCAAUCCUAGUUGAAACGACUUGCGUAUGCAUCACGUUAACGUCGUUGCUGACAGACUUUAGGCGGCGGACAUUGACAUUCAGAGCGUGGUUACCGUACGAUUAUUCGUCGCCAAUCCUAUUUUACAUUACGUACGCUCAUCAAUUGAUAAGUUUGAUAGUCGGAUCUGUUCUUCACGUUGCUUGCGACGGCUUAAUCUGUGGAUUAUUAGUGCACAUUUGCUGCCAGAUUCAAAUCUUAGAAUCUCGCUUGAGAAGCAUAGCUAGCAAGCCUGGUAUUCUUGAUGAUUGCAUUCUACAACACAAUCGUAUUUUCGACUUUGCCUUUAAAGUUAAUGAAAAAUUCAGAUUUACUAUUGCUAUUCAAUUUGCAGUAAGCACACUAGUAGUGUGCUUCAAUCUAUAUCAAUUAACCAGAGCAACCACAUCGAACGCAAAAUACAUCCAGUUAGCAUUGUACAUGUGCAGCAUGUUGACACAAAUCUUUUUCUAUUGUUGGUACGGAAAUGAGGUAAAAGUAAAGAGUCGACAACUUGCCAAUAAUAUUUUUGAAAUGGAAUGGUACAACUUAGAUAAGAAUGUAAAAGAAACUUUGUUAUUGAUUAUGAGACGUAGCGCAGUGCCCAUUGAAUUCACUAGCGCUUACAUUAUCUCUAUGAAUCUCGAUUCAUUCGUAGGUUUGCUGAAAACAUCGUAUUCAGCUUACAACAUAUUGCAGAAAGUGUAAAAAUUAUACAAUAUAAAUGGUGAC